AUGACAAGUAAAUUUUUUAAUACUUUUGCUGGUAAUGAUAAAUUUUAUUUUCAUGCCAGACCACAAGAACUUUUGAAGAUAGAUGAAAAUUUUUCAGUGAUUGGGAUUUGCCACAAGCGAAGCCAAGUUUGGGGCAAGGGAAAAAACUAUGACUACGCAAAAGAUUUGGAAAAUGAAUUAGUGAAUAGAUUGAAAAAAAAGGAAUUUAAGGAAUCAUUAGAAAAUAACAAUUUGGACAACAAACUUGUUAAACACUUGCUUCGUGGAGUUUUUGAAGAGGUAGAAAAAAACGCAGUAUUUGAAGAAGAAGAAACUAAUUACCACAAAGAAAUCAUAACGGGGGUUAACUGCUACCAUUCUAAUACUUACUUCCAACACAAUAUAUGUGAUAUUUUUUGCGAAAAGGCUGGAAAAGGCGAAUAUAAAAUCGCGUUUUACAUCCUUGGCAGAGAUGGAGAAACCAAAAACUUCACUGAUUGUGAUCAAAAUAUUUAUUUUAAGAGUUUUUCAAGCGAGGAAAUUAUACUUAUUUUAUCAUCCAACAUAUCUCUAG